AUGUCCGAAACAGCAGAAACUACAGUCUACACCAUCGAGGAGGUGCAGAAGCACAACACCACUGAUGACUUGUGGAUUGUUUACAACGGCAGAGUAUACGACGUUACCUCUUACUUGGACGAACACCCUGGUGGAGAAGAGGUGAUUGCUGAUGUUGCAGGCACCGACGCCACUGAAGCUUUCAACGACAUUGGUCACUCUGAUGAUGCACAUGAGAUCUUGGAGGGCUUGUUGAUCGGUAAGCUUGAAGGAGGUGUUAUCGUCGAGCAGAAGGGUGUCACGUCUGCCUCUGGUUCGUCUGACAUUUCUGGUAUCCCAUUCCCAUUGCUUGCCGCUGCUGUGCUUGCCUUGGUUGCUGGAGCCUAUUUCUACCUCCAGUAG